GAGCAGUUACAGUUACGAGUUAACGGACUACGCGUGAGAGGUCCGCCGGCCAGACGAUAUAGAUAUAAAUAACCGGUUACUGUCGAGCUAUCCACCACCCAGCGAAGCGGUUCCCCAAAAAUUAUUUAACCUAAUCCGUCCAGUGAUCUAUCUUCUUUUGCUCAAUAUUCGAAUAUUAAUCCGAGUGUGUUCUUUUCGAGUUAUAUUAAUAAAAAUAUCCAUGUCUCCGUAUCGGGCAUUUGCCCUUCUCCUCGUAUUAUCCCUCCAAAAUGACUUCUGCCAUCCCCUAAAAAUCCUUGGGAUGUUGCCACUCCCUGAAAAAAGUCACUUCGUGAUGACUGGAAGACUUAUGAGAGAGCUGGCUCUUCGAGGCCAUGAAGUUGACGUAGUUUCGAUAUUUCCUCUCAAAAAACCAAUGGCUAAUUACAAUGACAUUGUACUGGCAACUGAUGAUAUGCAGUUGCCUAUCAACAAUGUAACUUACAUGGACAUCCAGAGGUUCAGUGGUUUAUCAAUGAGCUAUUUUGUGGAUAUCGCAGGCAUACAAGUAUGUGACCUACUGAGCCAUUCCCAGAUGCAAAAAAUACUAAGGACUAAACCGAAAACGUAUGACGUAAUUAUUGUUGAGUUGUUCCUGGCCCACUGCUAUCUAGCCCUAGGGCAGCACCUCGAUGCUCCUAUUGUCGGAAUUACUACCUCAAAACUACCAGACUGGCUUGUGGGACCAUUCGGCAAUGACCUCAACCCUUCGUACGUCCCUAGCUUAUUUUCAAGUUCCAGUCAACAAAUGACGUUUUGGGAACGAUUACAGAAUACUCUCAUGCAAAAUAUCAUCGUGCCCCAGAUUGAUUAUUAUCUGGAGGGCGAAAUGGAGCAGGUGGAAAAAUAUUUCGGAAGGAAGUUGUCAUCGAUGAAAGAUCUCUAUAAAGAUGUCUCACUCAUACUUGUUAAUGAACAUUAUAGCCUUAAUGAUAUCAAGCCUCUAACACCUGAUAUCAUUGCAGUGGGAGGACUGCACGUCAUUGACGAUGAUCAACAUUUAACACCCGACUUACAAAAAUGGUUGGAUGAGAGCAGUCAUGGGUGCGUAUACUUCACAUUCGGAUCGAUGGUGAAAAUUGAAACUUUCCCAGAAGCUACUAUCAAAAUAUUUUACGAAAUGUUUGAGAGAAUAGCACCAGUGAGAGUCCUCAUCAAAAUAGUCGAUCCUCAAGCACUUCCUCCUGGUCUACCAAGUAACGUGAAGACUUCGUUGUGGCUACCACAAGUGGCUAUACUAAAACACAAAAACGUAAAACUAUUCAUCACUCACGGAGGAUUGAUGGGAACUCAAGAAGCUAUUGCAUACAAAGUUCCAAUGGUUGGACUCCCUCUCUUUGGAGAUCAACACACAAAUAUCCACAGCUAUGCGAAUAAAAAAAUUGCAAUUGCACUGAAUCUUCAUGAUAUCACUGCCGACUCAUUAACGAAUGCUGUGAAGACCGUUCUCUACACUCCAAGUUACAGGAAUAAUAUUGAAAAAAUUUCGACACUGUUCUUCGACAGACCCAUGAGUGCUAUCGACACAGCUGUGUAUUGGGUUGAAUACACUGCAAAACACGGUACAGUAUUGAAAUCACCAGCCACCGAGCUUGCAUGGUGGCAUUUUUACUUGCUAGAUGUGUACGGAUUCAUCAUAGCUGUCCUUCUUCUAAGUAUCUUCAUAAUCAAAAAGUUUGUUACUUUUUGUUGGAGGGCAAUGUAUCCCAAAGCUGAGGGCAAAAAAUAUUCUAAUGCCGAUAGAUCAAUGUACAAAAAGAGCCAGUGAACGAAUAAAUGUCGUUAUUUCUCAUUACAAAAACAAUAAA